AUGCCGGAGGCGGAACGCAACCUUUUGGCUGGAAUGUAUCCAGACGACGUCGAGCUCCAGCUCGAAUGGGUGCCAGGCUCAGCCAUCAGGCAUGGGUGGCGUGCGUUAAUGGGGGCAAUGGAUCAGCGCAUCUGGCGCUAUAUCGAGUUCGAAGCAGAGGUCCGAAAAUGGGAGGACUUGCAGUCCGCUCGACCCAAGGUCAAGGCCAGAAGGACGGCUGCAGCUGCUUCCAAAGAGACUGCAGAUACUGGAGGUGGAAUUGGAGCGAUGAACGAAGGCUCGGAGACUGGAGCAAUGAACGAAGGCUCGGAGACAGAGUCUGCAGAGUCAUCCUCGGCAAGUUCGUCGGACGAAUCGAUUCCAAUGGGGGAAUACAUGAUGCAGAGCCGGACCAGAGUUUUGGCGCUCAUCGAAGCGGAGAAAGCCUUGAAGGAUGUGGGCUCCUCUGCGCCGCCCCCACCGUCUCCUAUCAUUAUGGAGCCAUCGCCGGUCGCGACGGACGGGUACAAGUUCGAUCCAGCAGCCCUAGGAACCCCUCAGGGGGACACUGCGGCUCCCUCAACACCGGUACCUCCUUCGCCUUCCGCAGUUUCAUUGGCCCCUUUGGAGUCCUUCAAGUUCUUGGAUGUUCCACCUGUUGCUCCUCCUGGUCCCUCGGACCACAGUGUGGAGCCGAUGGUGGUGGAAAAGGAGCGGGCCCCAGAAACUCCAGGACCCACGGCACUGGUUGGAGCUCCAAGUUCCACAACGGAGAGUGUGCCGGAGACCCCUCCUCCAGGGGAAAUUCCAGGUCCCGGUUAUGUCCCGAAGGCAGCUCCUGGGGAAAUUCCAGGUGCUCUGUCGAAAUCCAAGGCAGCACCCGCGGGGGCUACACCGAAGGCCUGGUCUGUGGUUCCAACUUCCUCGCCUUUGACGGUUCCAGAAGCGCCAGUGGCUGUAGAGUCUUUGCCUGCAGCUCCAGAGCCAGCAACCGUGACAGCGGAGGAAGGGCCUACAUCCGAGACCGCUACAUCAUCCGCAGCGGGUGCCCUUCCGCCUCCGGGCGGCUUGGGUCAAACAGCCGAAGAGAGGAAGUUUGUGCUUCCUUCCCCUUGCCAGAAGAAGUGA